GACUACAAAAGAUACGACUCGUACUCGGAUUCAGGUAUCGUCCAGCGCUCAGCGUUCAGUUCACUUCAGUUCAGUUUGGGUAGCGAAUCGGAGACGUUCUGAGCAACUGCGUCUGGCCCGACCGACUAAUAUUCAUCCUGCGCGAACGGUAAACGGUUGCGCUGCGGCUGCGCUCAGAACUCUCGUGCGCGUCAACGCGAAAGCAUCUGCGGCGCCUCCUAAAAAGUAUUUUUUUUAAGUUGCAAUUUGGAUAACCACGACGACAGCACAACACCAAUUUUUUUCAAGUCUGGCAAUACUAUUAGCCAUUGAUUUGGAUUUGUGAACUCAUUGCAUGUGCGUUGCAAGACGGGCGAAGUGCUCGAUUUUGGCAAAUGUUAUUUUUUUAACUUUUUUGUGUGCCUAACAAGUGAAGUGAAGUGUUUGCAAGCAACGAAGAGACCGGGAACAAUGCUCGCGACACAGCAACAACAACAACCGCAGCCCGGCAGUGGCAGCAGCACCAGCAAAAAUAACGUAGCCGCCGCCACCCACACCAACACAGACGUAGUAGAGAUGGAGCGGAAACGGAGAGAGUCCACAACGUCAGAAUCUUCUCUCGAGCAUCUCGACCUCGGGCGAACGCCAAAGAAGCUCGGCGGCAGCGCCGGUGCCGUGCAGUCGACAUCGACGCCGCACGAGGUGGCUGCAACGUCGCGCAAGCGCAAGUUGCGCCAGCUCCAGCAGCAGCACCACCACCAGCAAAGUCGGGAUCUCCUCAGCGAUGAGGACGAGGACGAGGAGGAGGCACGUCCCCUCAAUCGGCACAAACAGCGACGCGGCGCCACCGCCGCCCAGGGAUCCUCUUCCGCCUCCAUUGUGGUGGACUACUCCGCCGGCGAUGCCAGUUCGCUGCGCAAGAAGUUCCGUCUCAAUCGUUCGGCGGCCAGUCUCUCGGAGUCGGGAUUCGUGGAUGCCAGCAGCACGGCCCACAGCGGCUUUCUGGUCAACAACAGCAGCAGCGCCAGCACAAGCCUGGCAGUGCCUUCUGCCCCCACAUCCGCCGCUGGUGGAGCAGCUGCCUCCGCCUCAAGUAGCAGCACCAGCACUAGCAGCAACAGCAGCAGCAUCGGCGGCGGUUCCGGCGGCUCCUCGCCACAGGGCCUGUGCCUCUCUAGCGGUGAGUCUGGCAUCGGUGCAGGCGACGAGCACAUGAAAUACCUGUGCCCCAUCUGCGAGGUGGUCUCCGCCACGCCGCACGAGUUCACCAAUCACAUCCGAUGUCACAACUAUGCCAACGGGGACACGGAGAACUUCACCUGCCGCAUCUGUUCCAAGGUGUUAUCUUCGGCCUCAUCCCUGGACAGGCACGUGCUGGUGCAUACGGGCGAGCGGCCGUUCAACUGUCGGUACUGCCACCUGACCUUCACCACCAACGGCAAUAUGCACCGCCACAUGCGCACUCAUAAGCAGCACCAGACGGCGCAGUCCCAGUCCCAGUCCCAGUCCCAUACGCAAGCCCAAUCCCAGCAGCAGCGCCGUCAACAGCAGCAGCAGCAAACUCAUCCCGCCCAACAGCAGCAGCAACAACAGCAGCAACAGCAAACGCUGGUCAGCUCCAUGCCAGUGCGGGCGGAGAGCUAUGAAAGCGACGCUAGUUGUUCCACUGAUGUGUCCAGCGGUAAUAGUCGCAGUCGCAGCAGUAGCUCCCUCCACAACAACAACAACUCCCACAAGGCUCAUAACAACAACAGGAACAGCAAGCUUGAGCUGGAGGAGAUGCAGGAGCAGGAGCUGGAGGAUGACAAGCAGCAGCUUCAGCGUCGUUUGAAGACUACCAUCAACAACAAUGUCAUCGGUGAAGAGAACCAUGCCGAGGAGGAUAUGCAUGGUGAGGAGGACGCCGACGAUGCCGACGAUGUGGCCAUGCUCACAAGCACACCCGAUGUUGCCACCCUGCUGGCAGGAGCCAGUGCCUCCGGUGCUGCAUCCCGUUCGCCCUCGCCCUCGCCACCCGGCUCGCCCGGUCUGCUUCUAAGUUGUCCCGCCUGCGGAGCCUCCGAUUUCGAGACGCUGCCUGCCCUGUGCGCCCAUUUGGAUGCCCGGCAUUCGGAUAUACCGGCCAAGUGCCGGGACUGUGAGGUGAUAUUUGCCAGCCAUCGCCAGCUGCAGGCGCACUGCUGCAGGGGACCUUCCUUGGGAGCGGGACUGCCGCCUAUGCUUGGCGCCAGCAGUUCGCCUCUGCACGCCGACGAGGAUGCCGAAGACGAGGAGGAGGCGGAUCACGAAGACGACGAGGAAAUGGAGCACAAGCGCGACGACUUCUUCCACAAGCUAUACCUCAAGGGAACAUCAGCAGCGGGAGGAAACGGUGGCGGCGGCAUCAUCUCCCACCCACCGUCACCAAUUAAGCACGAGCCGGCGGACAGCAAGGAUCUGGCCGAUAUACAGAGCAUCCUGAACAUGACCAGUUCCAGCUGCACCAGCAGCUUCCUGCGCAACUUCGAGCAGUCUGUCAACACGCCCAGCUCCAGCCAAUACAGCUUGGAUGGGCGCGAUCAGGAGGAGGAGGCCCAGGAUGCCUUCACCUCUGAGUUCCGCCGGAUGAAGCUGCGCGGUGAGUUCCCCUGCAAGCUCUGCACCGCCGUUUUCCCGAAUCUGCGCGCUCUCAAGGGCCACAACCGCGUGCACCUCGGAGCGGUUGGACCCGCGGGACCCUUCCGGUGCAACAUGUGUCCUUACGCCGUCUGCGACAAGGCGGCGUUAGUACGGCACAUGCGCACCCACAACGGUGACCGUCCGUACGAGUGCGCCGUCUGCAACUACGCCUUCACCACCAAGGCCAACUGCGAGCGCCACCUGAGGAAUCGGCACGGCAAGACCAGUCGCGAGGAGGUAAAGCGCGCCAUUGUCUACCAUCCCGCGGAGGACGCCGGCUGCGAGGAUAGCAAGUCGCGGCUGGGUGAGGAUCUGGCCGACAUGAGCUUCCGCUCAAUAAGUCCGACGCCGCCGCCACCGUUGCCGCCAGUUGGUGAGAACAGCAGCUCCCAGCUAAAGCACAUGCUCAUGGGCGAGCAGCAGCAUCACUCCCAGACCCAUCCCCAUCAUAAUCAUCAUCAUCCGGUGGCGCCAGCUCAGCCGCCACUAAAGAUUCAGGUGAAGAGCCUGGACCAGCUGGUUGACAAGAAACCAGCGACAGUCCAACAGCCGGAGAAGAGCUCCGCCUUGGACUUUAGCAUGGAUGUGUUGGAUCUCAGUAAGAAGCCAACGGGUGCAGCGACGACCCCCACGCCCACACCCACGCCCUCGCUCACGCCGGCGCCCCUUGGUGCGGCUGCAGUGGCUGCUCCGGCUGCCGAUCUGGCCGCCGCUUUGGAGCAGCAACAGUUGCUCCUGGCACAGCAGCAGCUCUUCGGCGGUGCCAGCGACGCUGCCUCCCAGUAUAUGCAGCAGCUGUUCCGCAGCCUGGUGUUCCAGUCGCAGACGCCGGGCUUCUCCUUCUUCCCGUUCAUGGCGCCACCGCCGCCGGAGGUGAGCCAGGAGAAGGUGCCUCUGGUUAGUCCGCCAUCGCGGAUGAACCCACUGCCCGUGGGCGUGGGCGUUGGUGUGCCAGUGCCGCCCGGCGGACCGGUCAAAAUGGUUAUCAAAAACGGCGUCCUCAUGCCGAAGCAAAAGCAGCGUCGCUACCGCACCGAACGUCCCUUCGCCUGCGAGCACUGCUCCGCCCGGUUCACGCUGCGCUCCAACAUGGAGCGACACGUGAAGCAACAGCAUCCGCAGUUCUAUGCCCAGCGACAGCGCAGCGGUCACCAUGUGAUGAGGGGCAGGGGCGCCUCGAAUGCCGCUGCUGCUGCUGCUGCCGCUGCCGCUGCAGCGGCUGCUAUUGGUCCGGCGGGGGGAUCGUCCCAUCAUCAUGCCCACGCCCACAGCCACAACCAUGGCCAUGGACAUGGGCAUGCUCCGAUAUCGGAGCAGGUGAAGUACGCCAUUUUGGCGCAGCAGCUGAAGGCGCACAAGAACACCGAUCUGCUGCAGCAGGCCUUGGCUCACGGCUCCAGCAGUGUGGCAGGCAAUCCCCUUCUGCACUUCGGCUACCCACUGGGUCCCGCGCCCGGUGCUCCGCAUGUGAGCGGUCAGGGAAACGGCCAGACGCCCAUGGCCAUGGACGACGAUGAGCCCAAGCUGGUCAUCGAUGAGGAUGAGAACGAGCACGACCAUGAGGUGGAGCCGGAAGAUGUGGAUGACUACGAGGACGAGGAAGAUGAGGAGGAGGACGAGCCGGAGGAUGAGCCGGAGGUGAUUCUGGACGAGCCCUAUGUUGCCGCGGGCGUCGAGAAGGAGGAGGCGCCGGAGGAGGAGCAGCUUCCCAAGCCCCUGGAGCAGCAAAGCUCGAUGUCAAAGUCCAGCCCCAGCCAGAACGAGGCUGCCCAAAAGAUGGCGGAGACCAUCUUGGAGCAGGCCAUCAAGGCUGGCAAGCAGCCAUCUGCAACGACUCCGCCGUCCGUCGCGGCAUCCUCUGUCCAGGAAGAGAAUCCCCCAACUGCCGUAACACCACCGGCUGCCAUGCAGGAGCCCAGCAGUAAUCCCAGCAGCCUGAAGACCAUGAUAGCCCAGGCCGAGUCCGUCGGCAAGUCGCUGAAGGAGGUGGCUAGUUCGCCGUUCAAGGACGAAUCCCAGGACCUGGUGCCGGUGGCCAAGCUGGUGGACAACGCCACCAGCCAAAACAUGAGCUUCAACAGCUACUUCCGACCCAGCGAUGUGGCCAAUCACAUGGAGCAAAGCGACGAGGAGGGCCUGGUGGCCUCCGGCAGUGCCAGCGAGAGCAACAACAGCGGCACGGAGGACGUCACCAGCUCCAGUUCGAGCAGCGAGCCGAAGAAGAAGUCCGCCUACAGCCUGGCCCCGAAUCGCGUCUCCUGCCCAUACUGCCAGCGCAUGUUCCCGUGGAGCAGCUCCCUGCGCCGCCACAUCCUCACCCACACCGGUCAGAAGCCCUUCAAGUGCUCCCACUGCCCACUGCUCUUCACCACCAAGAGCAACUGCGAUCGCCAUCUGCUGCGCAAGCACGGCAACGUCGAGUCCGCCAUGUCGGUCUAUGUGCCCACCGAGGAUGUGAGCGAGCCCAUUCCGGUGCCCAAGUCUGUGGAGGAGAUCGAGCUGGAGGAGCAGCGUCGCCGCCAGGAGGCGGAGCGGGAAAGGGAGCGCGAACUAGAGCGCGAGCGGGAGCUUGAGCGCGAGCGUGAGCUGGAGCGGGAGCGCGAACUGGAGAAGGAAAAGGAGCACGAACGUCAGCAGCUCAUUCAUAAGCUGGCCGCCCAGAUGAGUGCCGCCGCGGCAGCUGCCGCUGCCGCUGCUGCUGUCUCGUGUGCCUCGCCGGGCAAUGGGUCAUCUGCCGGAGCCGGAGGCGAUCUUUCGGCCGGCGGUGAUCUGCCCUACAAGUGCCACCUGUGCGAGGGCUCCUUUGCCGAGCGCCUGCAAUGCCUGGAGCACAUCAAGCAGACCCAUGCCCACGAGUUCGCCCUGCUCCUCGCCAAGGGGGCGAUCGAGAAUGAGUCGUUGCACUCCGCCGACUCAUUGAAUCCCCAGCAGCAGUCACAACAACAUCAGCACUCGGACGACGAGGCCACCAAUGGCCUGGGACGUGGCAAGUAUCCGGAUUAUAGCAACCGAAAGGUGAUCUGCGCCUUUUGUGUGCGCCGCUUCUGGUCCACCGAGGAUCUUCGGCGCCACAUGCGCACCCAUUCCGGCGAACGUCCCUUCCAGUGCGACAUCUGCCUGCGCAAGUUCACCCUCAAGCACAGCAUGCUGCGCCACAUGAAGAAGCAUAGUGGACGGGCCCAUAAUGGGGAUACGCCCGGCUCCGAUUGCUCCGACGAUGAGCAGGCGAUGAGCAGUCCGCCCGGGACACCAGCCCCCUCUCCCAUGCCCCUCCCCUCCAGCACCAACAACAACAACAGCUGCCAGAAUAAUAAUAACAACAACAACAACAAUAAUAGCAAUAAUAAUAACAAUAACAACAACAAGCUGGGCCUGAAGCUGCCCAAGCUGCACGAGCUGCUGGACAAGGCGAACGAGUGGCGAGCGAGCCGGCUGGGCGAGCACAAGGAGAACCUGGGCGAGGCAACGCCCUCGGGAGCGGCGGCAGCUGGUUCGGAUCUGAUUGGGAACCUUCUGGGGAUCAGCGAUCAGGGCAUACUCAACAAGUUGCUGUCCUCCGCCGAUGAGGCGGCCAAGCUCCUGGGCGUGGAAAACAAGUGAGGAGCAAGGAGUCAAUAUCAAGAGCCAUAUAUCCUGGGGAAGGACGCGAGCGAGACGCAGACGAAGCAGUUUUACCGCCUUACUUAUGUAUACCAAAGCUUAAAUUUCAGUAAUGUGUAGUCUUAAAAAAAAAAAACAAAAACGAAACCAAGUUUUUAAACAUUCCCAUUUUUUUUUUGUAGACCUUGAUUUAUGCCAACCUUUAUUUUAAGCGGUUCAACCAAAACAAACAACUUAAAAGCUAAUCAAAAUCCUUAGAGACAAACCAAUACACAUUUUUUUUACCAACUUUUUUUUUCUAGCCUUAAUACAAAAUAUAUUUAAUUUACAACUACAUAGGGUUAAGUAGCUUAAAAACAAAAGACAAAGCAUUAAGUACGAAAAAUACAACGAACAUUUUGCAUCAUGACAACAAGAACAACAAAGACUUGACACCAAACACAAAAAUAGAGAAAAAAACACACGGCUAAAAUAGAAAAUACAAAAUAAAAUAAAAAUAAUAUGUACAUUAAAAAUAGUGGACUUGAGAAACCGCAGCGUGGCUUAAACUUUAUAAUUUAAGAAAAAGGAAAACACAAGCAAGUGUUUAGUCAAGAGGAAAGACAAGUAUUUUGUAAGCUCUCUAGACUCUAGGCCUUUCUUGUUUAGGAUCUUAUAUAUUUAACGAAACUCAUUCACGGCACCCACAAACCUACCACAUAUUCCACACACAUUAAAUAUUAUAGCUAUUUAAAUAUACAGCAUACAAGAGCAUAAUUACAAUUUAGUGGACUUCUUACAGCAAUAACCAAAGCAUUUCGCGUAUGUAGCGUUGUUUAAGCUAAAAAUAAACGGAAAAUAAACGAAAUUAAAUUUAACUAACCAUUGCAUGCCUAUACGUACAUAUAAAUAUAUAUUUUAUCAAAUGUAUAAGUAAUACUUUUAAUGUGAAUGCAGGCAGGAGCAGCAACGACAGAAACUACUGAACAAAUUAAACUAUGUAUUUAACGUUUAUAAAAAUGUACUUAAACGAAAAACAACCCGGCAAAAAGUGUACUUAAUUAUAGAGACACACGCAACGAAGAUGGAUUUACAAAUUGAAUUCAAAUAAAAAUAACGAUGAAAGAACAAGUUA